AUGGCGGAUUGGGGCCCGGUUCUUGUAGCUGUCAUAUUGUUUGUUUUGUUAACACCGGGAUUGUUGUUUCAGUUACCGGGUCAUAACCGAGUUGUGGAGUUUGGAAGCAUGAGGACCAGCUGCCCGGCUGUGAUCGUUCACGCGGUUAUCUUUUUCGGUAUACUUACAUUGUUUGUGAUCACCAUUGGUGUUCAUGUAUAUGCUGGCUAG